AUGUCGGGACAGGCGCCCUCCAAGGCGCACCUGCAUAAGCCCAUCCUGUCCAGCAAGUUUCCCGUGGGCUACGCGGUGGGCGGCUCGCACUGCGGCGUGAAGAAGGACGCGUCGGUGAACGACCUGGCGCUCGUCGUGUCUACCACGGACGCCCCCGCGUCCGCUGCAGCGUGCUUCACCCGGAACGCGUUUAAAGCGGCCCCUGUGCUCGUUUCCCAGGAGGUCCUGGAGAAGAGCGGAGGCAGGGCGCGCGCCAUUGUGGUCAACAGCGGCUGCGCGAACGCGGUCACGGGCACGCAGGGGAUGAAGGAUGCGUGGGCGAUGUCGAGGGAGACCGACAAGGCCGUCCUCUCAGCGAAAGGGGACUCGGACCCCUCGACGCUCGUGAUGUCGACGGGCGUCAUCGGGCAGACGCUGCCCAUCGCGAAAAUUCUGGACGGCAUCCGCGCGUCGGCGGGCGAGCUCGGGUCCGACUUCGCGGCCUGGGAGCGGGCGGCGAAGGCGUUCAUGACGACGGACACGUUCCCGAAGAUGGUCGCGCGCACGUUCACGCUGGGCGAGGUGACGUACCGGAUGGCGGGCAUCGCGAAGGGCGCGGGGAUGAUCCACCCGGAUAUGGCGCCGGCGCUGCCACAUGCGACGCUGCUGGGGUGCGUCGUGACGGACGCGGCGGUCGCGCCGAAGGCGCUGCAGAAGGCGCUCGCCUACGCGGUGGACCGCAGCUUCAACUCGAUUAGCGUGGACGGGGACAUGUCGACGAACGAUACUAUCGUGGCUCUGGCGAACGGCGCGGCGGGCGGGCAGGAGCUGACCGCGGAGGAUCCGGCGUUCCCGGUUUUCCAGGAGGAGCUGAAGGACUUCACGGUGCAGCUGGCGCAGCUUGUGGUGCGCGACGGCGAGGGGGCGACGAAGUUCGUGACGGUGUCGGUGAAGAAUGCGCCGACGUACGAGGACGCGCACAAGAUUGCGAGCAAGAUCUCGACGUCGGCGCUGGUAAAGACGGCCUUGUUUGGCGAGGAUGCGAACUGGGGCCGCGUCCUCGCUGCUACCGGCUCCGUCCCGCUCUCCAACGGCGCCGCCAUCGACACCACUAAGGUUAACGUUACCUUCAUCCCCUCCGACGGCACCGCCCGGCUUCCGCUCCUCGUGAACGGCGAGCCAGAAAAGGUCGACGAGGACCGCGCGAAGGAGAUCCUCAGCCUCGAGGAUAUUGAGGUCGAAGUCGACCUGGGUUUGGGCAGCCAGGAGGCGAAGUACUGGACGUGUGAUCUGAGCUAUGACUAUGUCAAAAUCAAUGGCGAUUACCGCAGUUAG